AUGGUGCCAUUAUUUUUAAUAAAAAUCGGUUUGAUCGCAUUGAAAGGUUUUUGGGCGGGCGUGACGGCUUUGCUAGUGUCAAAAGCAAUCGCUUUUAGGGUAUUUUACAGCAAAAAUGAAUAUGAUAAACCGCAAAGGAAUCGCCGUCGUCCUCCACAAAUAAAUUUUCCUCAUCACGUACCCUACAUACAAGAAAAACCUCCUGUUUAUAUCAAUUUAACUAAUACAAAAAAAUUAGUUAUAAAAUUGACCGCGAGAGCGCAGCACCCGACAAUAAUAACAUGUUUACAUUUUUUGUUUAUGUUUUUGUUUUGUUUUUUUUAA